UCUCCCUGUUUGUUUUUAUUUCGGAUUAACUCACCCCGGGCUUGAAGCUGACUGUCUCCGCUUCUGUUAGUCCAUGUCAGCAGGUGAAUGUACCGUGUGAAGCUCCGGGUCAGGACCUCCCGGCCGGGCUCUGCUCCUGUCGGUGCUCGCGGGGUCCACUCACAGCUGACUGUAUCCCGAUUCCUGCGACCAUCCCCGGCUGCAGCCUGGAGGAGGAGGCGGGGCCGGCCGGAUGUCUGACUGAGCCCAUAUAAGGCAAUGCACUACCUCGUACGGUACAGCAGGGGGCGAAAAAGAAGAAGAAAACCCCUAAAUCCUGACUUUCCCACGGGCCUUGAAUGAAGCAACAUUGGAGGGCGUGGCCAACCUGACCACUAAUGUGUUAAAGUGACAUCAGCAGCAGCAGCAGAGCCUCCACCCAACAGAAGCAGCAGGAAACUCAACAAACGGUCGAACCUCUGCUCACCUGAACAGUCCAAUCAUGAAGUGGAGCUCUCCUCGUCUCCCUCUCCUCUGCUCUUUUCUCACCCUCUUGGUCGUGGGAGCUUCGGGAUUCAGGAUCUGUGCCUAUAGCAUGCAGGAUUUCAACAUCCUGAAAGCAAAAAACUUCCUACUGGUGCACACUCUGACACGGAUCGUGUCUCGCUGUGAUAUCACUCUGCUGCAGGAGGUGAGUGAUCCUGAUGGUAGUGCCAUCAAGAUUCUGGAGUCUUCACUCAACAGGUAUGAGAAUUACACCUACCGGGCAUUAACAAGUGUGGGUCUGGGAAACUCUCCCGACAACAUGCAGCAGUACGUUUUCAUCUACAGGAACGACACGGUGAAUGUGACCGAUCAGCAUCAGUACAGGAAGGCCCAGUCCUUCCUCAGGGAGCCGUUCGUCGUGAAGUUCCACAGCGAGAAAACUGAAAUCAAGGACUUUAUUUUGGUUCCUCUGGACUCUGAUCAUGAUCGGGCCGUCCAGGAGAUGGAUCGGCUCUAUGACGUAUUUCUGGAAGUCACCAAGAAAUGGAACAACACGAAUGUGAUGUUCCUGGGAGAUUUCCACGCCAGCUGUGGCUACAUGACCCGAGCCAACAAGAAAAACAUCCGACUGUUCACCAAUUCUAAAUUUACCUGGCUGAUCGGAGACAGAGUUGACACCACCGUCACCAACCAGGCCAACUGUGCUUAUGACAGGAUCGUAGUGCAUGGGCGACCCCUUCUGGAGGCGAUCCGUCCGUUGUCUGCGAAAGUCUUCAACUUUGCCAAAGAGUUCAAACUCACCAAGACAAGGGCUCUGGCGUUAAGUGACCACUUACCUGUGGAGGUGAGACUAAAGGGCUCCGCCCUUCUGCUUCAGGCCAUGCCCCUCCUGAUCCUCCUCAGCAUGUCGGCGAUCGUCCAGUCCUUCCUGUCCGCUCUGUGAUCGUCUGCUUGAGUCUUGGGGUGUAAAUCCUCUAAAAGCCCUUUUUUUUUUUUUU